AGAACAAGCACAACUUAGCCAACCCCAUUUCACAAUUUACCUUUCCCAUGAUUUCUAUCACUUAAAUUUCGUGUCUUGCAUUCUCACGCACACACACAAUGCUCUACCUCUCAAACCCAACAUGUACAUGUCCCUUUCUUCCUUGAAUACCCUGUUACGGAGCUGAAAUGUCUGUUAUGGAGCUGAAGGAGCGUCACUCUUCUGCCACCGACACCGUAAACAAUCUCAGGGAGCAAUUAAAGCAGAAACGUCUUUCUUUGCUUGAUACAGAUGGUAAAAGUUUUCAUUUCUCUUGUUAUGGGAAUUUUUCAGUUGCUGGGUACGCGAGGUCUCAGGGUAGAACUCCUGUGACCUUUGGACCCACGGAUCUGGUUUGCUGUAGAACAUUGCAGGGUCAUACAGGAAAGGUGUAUUCAUUGGAUUGGACUUCUGAAAGCAAUCAGAUUGUUAGUGCAUCCCAAGAUGGCCGAUUAAUAGUGUGGAAUGCUCUAACAAGGCAGAAGAUUCAUGCCAUAAAGCUGCCUUGUGCAUGGGUCAUGACCUGUGCUUUCUCACCAACUGGUCAGUCUGUUGCAUGCGGUGGUCUUGACAGUGUUUGCUCUAUUUUCAAUCUGAAUUCUCCUACUGACAAGGAUGGGAAUCUACCUGUUUCCCGGAUGCUUAAUGGACACAAGGGUUAUGUUUCCUCUUGUCAGUAUGUUCCAGAUGAAGACAUUCACUUAAUUACUGGUUCUGGAGAUCAGACAUGUGUUUUAUGGGAUAUUACUACUGGCCUUAAAACAUCUGUUUUUGGAGGUGAUUUUCAGUCUGGACAUACUGCAGAUGUUCUUAGCAUCUCCAUUAAUGGAUCCAACUCAAGAACGUUUGCAUCUGGUUCUUGUGAUGCAACUGCUCGAUUGUGGGAUACUCGUGUGGCUAGUCGAGCAGUGCGGACAUUUCAUGGGCAUGAGGGAGAUGUUAAUGCAGUCAAAUUCUUUCCAGAUGGAAAUAGAUUUGGAACUGGCUCAGAUGAUGGAACUUGCAGAUUGUUUGACAUUAGAACUGGACACCAACUUCAAGCAUAUUAUCAACAGCACAGUGACAAUGACAUACCACCUGUUACCUCAAUUGCAUUCUCCGUAUCAGGAAGACUUCUGUUUGCUGGAUACACAAAUGGAGAUUGCUAUGUUUGGGACACUUUAUUGGCCAAGGUGGUUUUGAAUUUAGGAUCUCUCCAAGACUCUCAUGAGGACAGGGUUAGCUGUUUAGGUUUGUCAACCGAUGGAAGUGCCUUGUGUACAGGAAGUUGGGACACAAACUUAAAGAUAUGGGCAUUUGGAGGGCAUAGGAGGGUAACCUGAGCCAUUGAGGGAGGUAAAGACUUGUCCAUUGACUUUCCUUUUCAGGGCUACUAAAGCCAAAGCCUUUACAGGGCGUUGUGGUUCUCAUCACAAUCCAGUAGUGAUGGUCAAAUUGUAGACGACUUGCGUGGAAUGCAAAGGAUAUGGUAUGUUCAUCCUCGUGUCCGUUUGUCAAAUGUGUGUA